AUGGUUGGUGGGAGGGAAACGUUGUUCCUUCUUUGGAUCGGACUCUUCGUAACUCACACAAUUGAGAUUGAUGUUAUCAACACAGGAUUUGUUCCUAACAGAGCUGCGUUUUUUGUUAAUACUGGUUCUACGAAAGAAACGUCUAUUUACAUGCAGGAUUUCGCUUCAGUCGGAAAUAUUGAUGAUGUGUCACUGAAUAUUAAUGUAGGAAACUUGAGAGUUAACGCAUCUAUCAAUCCGGACGCAAAUAACUUUCAUGGCCAUCCACUGACUACUGUACAUUUGUUUCAGAAGGAAUUAGGUGAAGAUGAUCCAACUCUUCACUUCCUCUGCCACUCUCUGAUGGCGCCUGAUCUUCUGGAAAAUUUAAACAAUCAACACUUGAGCACUUGUUGCAUCAUAAAAGUCAUUGCUAGCAAUCGGCACUUUUUUACUGGAUGUUUAAUAGAUAAUUUGUCCUUUACUAACCGGUCAGCUUGUCACGCCUCCAUUCAAAUCGAAAGUAGAGCCUGGAAUGAUUCGACGAAUAACGAACUGGAUGUCAGUUAUAGGAUAAAUACCGUUCAGCAUAUGAAGUCCUCCACUGUUAAUUUACUUAUGGAUUCUGCGGCACUUUCAAGGCAAUGCUGGACGCCUCUAGCUACACAGAUGUCCAACUUCAAGUUCUUAUCCAAAAUCUCUCUUAAAAAACCUCAACGAGACGAAAUUCGGGAAAUUGGUCGUAACAUUCGCUUAGACAUUCCAUCACGUCGAUUAAAGAAUGGCGAAUAUUUUAACGUUCCCGUGAGAGUAAAGCAACACACCAGUAUCGCCGAAUUCACGUUAAGAUGUGAAAUUCCCUCAAAAACCUACAUUGAAUUUGUCCGUGUGGUCUGGCCAUGGGAGGUCGAUGAGUCUUCCUCUAAUAUUCGAGAAACGAACGCCCGUCUUUCGCAAAUGAACAAUGGAUUUAGUGCUUGGGAUAUAUCACAACGUCACAUUCCGAGUUUGAAGGGUAAUGUCACCGAGGUAGUGGCUCGAUAUCGUGAGACCGCCAUUGACCCUAGUCCCAAUGAUCAUUUCAGAGACGAUCCAAUCAUUUACAAGCUGCUAUUUCGCGUGGCUCUACCUCCGAAAGACUCGGUUGGACGCAUAGGACCUCGAUUUCUCUGGAGUCUGGUCAGCCUCUCGAGACGCAACACUGUCGACCAAUCAGCAAGUGGCAGUCCCAUCGUCACACGGCUCAACAUUGAGUCCUUUGAGUUCAAGCAUCUUGCAUUGGUGAUUAAGGUUCACUUUGACCGAAAUAAGUACAAGAGGGUCAUUUUUGUGGAGGCCGCUCUGCUAUUCCAAAAUGCUGCAAACCAGUCCGGUGGCCAGUCGGCUGGCUGUGAUCCAAAUGUCCGAUUAGAAGAAAUGCAAUCAUUACCUAGCCACAGAAUUCUCGGGAUCACAGGAGAGUCCACCUCCUUGGUAAACACUGCCGUCCUUUCUGGUUAUCCCACUCACCACCCUGUGUGGGUGUUCGGUCUAACCCACGGUCACGAAUUGCGCGAUGUCACAGCCCAUUCCACUUGCCAUACCAACGACGAAUCAGUGGCUCAUUUUCCGCGGGAAUCUUGCUCCGCCGGUCUCACCUUCUCGGGAGGUGAACUAGGCGGCUCCGAGGGUCUCACUCUCGUAGCCAAGGUAGACCGAACCAGUGCCGCUGAACUAGUCACCGUGUGGUUUCCUCAGCAACCCCAUGGUGUCUACCUGGUCAUUGAGAAUCCUCGGGAGGGACCGACUUCUGUUUCCAGCACCAGUGCUGCUGCUACGGGGACACAUUUGCUGCAUGAAUACUCCACCACCUCAAUUAUGCUUCGCUCUUUGGCUGAAACUUCGCCGCCUACCCCAAAAAACGCCAGACUAGUGGGAGAGCUCUUUGCCACUGGCAAGGAGGCAGAGUCAUGGGAGAUAAGGAGAAAUUCUAACCUCUAUGCCCUCUGUAAUCCCUCUUCUGCUAUGAUCAAGUUGAAUAAAACUGUGUGCUCUCAGCAGGCGGCACAGCUUUCAAGUAGCUCACAAAUGACCGCCUCCAUUCCGCAUUUCCAACAAACUCGGUUGCGAGUUUUUGCGCGAUUCACUACAGCGAAUACUCGAAUAACCUCUGCGGAUGAGUAUUCACAUUCCUCCUCCGAGGAGGAGGUUUCCAUAAGCCCACCGCUAGACGUCACCGACCUAACCGCCCACUGCCUUCGCCUGGAAUUCACCAAUGAGGUCGUUGCCGCACUCAACAUUGACGAUGAUAUGACCACUCCAGCUCGUCUAGUCCUAGUUGGCAAACGCAAAGACGCGAAGGAGACUGGUGACGCCCAGACGGCGACCCGUGUCUGGUUGGUGGGUCAGAGACCGGGGCGAGUUCGUGUCAGGCUCGCCUCCAUUGCUGAUUCGUCCCUCGUCAGGGCUGCUUUGCCUACAUCUUUAGCCCGUUUGAGAAAACAUCAGAAUCAGGUGAAGCGCAGUGGAAGUGGUGCCACAUGGGACAGGCAGCAGUUUCAGACCCUCUGGGUCACGGUGACGGACAAUGGCUGGGUCUGGCCGUCGGGUUGGCCGAAGCAAGAGCGUUCCGAUGACAUCGAAUUCGGGUGGUGCCAAUUCACCGGACGCUUUCGCCUUCCAACAAAGGAGCCAAUUCCCCUCCUUCAACGUGUGAAACGUCAACUUGUGACAAAAACUCUACCACGACAGGGAUUGCUCGUUGUGACCGUUCAAUUCUCUGAUGGCUCUGUCCUUCCCUGGCACCGUAUUAUGGAGGUUGUGUGGGAGCUUGGCGAGUCCACAGCGCCCUUUACGCUGGCAGUAGAGAACUUGCGUCCAGACCUUGUCAGAGUUGACAUGCCACCACUACCACUGCCGCCAGUACCAACACCACCGUCAUCGCGUCGAAAACGCUCUGUUGGCCCGCGAUGGUUCACCUUCCAUCGUGAUGUCCCUGCGACGAUGGAGACCAAGAAUACGACGCAGAAGGCACAGCAACAACCCGAGUGGCUGGGCCCCACAGUCUUUCUACUUCGAGAGGAUGAGUCAUUUAUUGGCCCUAUUCAAAAUUUCUACUACUACGGUAAUGAUUGCACUCCUGAACUAUUUCACCACGGAUUGAAGAUGCGUCUAUCUGACAUCCCGAAUGAUCCGUUGGAAAUUAUUACAGACCGAAUGGUCACUGACGGGUGUACGAACACUGGGAGCAGAUGUUCGGCGUUCGGCAGUCUAAUCCUUAUGGACGAUAUGUGUCUGAUUGCUGAGGCAAAAAAAGGGGAUCUUCUGCGAGUCAAUCUCCGCUCCAACAUAGACAACAGCCUCCUCUUCUCCGCACCAGUCCACGCCAGCAUCGUGGCAGCCCGCCCUAGCCGUCGUCGUGGUGAGGACGAGGUGAGAGAAGGAGCAGAUGGGGCUGGGGGGGAGUGGCUGCAGCGACCCAAUCACUGGGAGGGGCAGAAAACCUCCGCCACACACGUCGCAGUCGAAGGGUUGCGUCCUCUCCCAUCCCGGUUUUGGCCCAACCCAGAAGUUGAAGGUGGAACUCAUGACGCUGAUGAGGACGACAACGAUGUUGGAGGUGGCGGUGGCAACCCGACAGAUGACCAGUUGGACAAUAUUGCCGAAACAUCCGCGGCAGCGGCGUCUCAAUGGAAACGUGUCAAUGGUCGUGGGUGGAAUCCUCUUUCUGAGCCGUUGGAAACGCAACAGAACCCGUCAGCAUACGAUUUGAAACUAGCCGAGUUAUUCGGCUCUCCGGCACUAAAAGACGCACCAGGAAUGCGUUCCACAUCGCCCUACCAACGACCCCUCCACCCUGACCCUGUCGAUAAGGCAUCGGCAAAGAAGGUGACCAAAGAGCAGGACGUUUUCGUGGACCGUCCCAACGCCGAUAGCAGUCUUAACGAGGCUGCAGUUAAGCUAUCCGAAGGGAGUGAGAGCGGCGGGAAGGGCAGCGAUGAUCCCGUUGGUGCGGAAAGUGGGCAUCGUCCAGCUCUGGAGCUCAUAAUGUACAUCCUUCUUGGUCUCUUCAUCCUCAUUGCGCUGAUUUUUGCGGUCAACUGCGGUGCGAUGGUGGCACGAUACCGGUGGGAGCACGCGAGAGGGGUUAAAGAGAACCUCCGACUGCAGCAUCUCUCCGAAUUGGCCAUGGGUAACGCGAACACUGAUGUCUCUGGUAUGGGAGAGUGUUCCAGCAGCUCCACUGCGGACCCGCAAUCACAGGCGGACCAAGUCGACACUAUAGACGGCAUGAGUGGUGGACAAAAGGCUGCUUCGCAUUACGGUUGUAUCACUGCGUUCGCAACACUUCGUCGCAAAUUCGGACUACGGAGCCUAUCUCAGCAUCGCAUAAAUCGUGACAACGACUGGAUUUGGCUGAGUCGCGACGCAUUAGCAGAGAGUCAGCACGACCACGGUAACAACAGCAACUUGAGUGGACCUCGUCUCAACACCGCGACAACUGCGCUUGAGCUGUCGAAACAUCCGAGUCUCUCAAAACCGCCUCUCACUCCCACCAUUCCACCCUCCUCUACCGCCUCGGUUUGCGACAGCAACAACCCCCGCCUUGUUGUCACCUCAACGGCGCAGCAGAAACCGUCACUUGUCAGUAGCUAUCAUGCUAGCAGUCCACGAGUGCCGCUAGCGAAGAAGACCUCGGUUUCUGCUAGUGCAACGUGUCAUUAUGAGGGUGAAGAAUGCAGCAUUCGUAUUCUUACUAACACUGUGGAACCGGAGAAGUCGAAGAUGCCGACGUCACAACGAGGUAUCCCGAGUGCACUAAUAUCCAGUCAGCAUUUACACUCAAGCAGUGCUGGUUCAAGGCAAAACAGCCAGUUUAGUCAAAGUCAUCACCAUCACCGAGGUCACCAUCAAGGACAGCAGAAUUUCCACCAUCCACACCUUGAUCAACGCCGUCGUUCCGCAUUCGUCUUUGGCCAAUCUCUGAUCCUGGACCAUCAAAAUUCCGACUGGCAGUUUUCCGCGGAUUGCGGAUUUAGCCAUCAUCACCUCCAGAGCCAGCGGUGCUACUGUAGUCGUGGGCUUGUAUCACCGUGGAGGUACCGAGAUCCUCUACAACCAUCUGGAACAUCUGGAGCGGAAGAGGAUAAGGAGGGGGGCGUGAUACCAGCAGUCUUAAGCCUUGAGGGCUAUCAGACUCUGCCCAGCCACAUUCCAGCUUGGCAGGAUGGAGGUGACUACGGCACACCACCUUGCCCGCCAGUGCGGACCUCGUCGAAAUUGAAACCACCGCUAUUAAUCUCCUACUAUGGCGAGCAGAACAGCCCAUCUGUGAUGUCCCGGCCUACCAGCUUCCCCAACAAGAGCAUGCUACAGCAGGAGCCUCUGCUUGCCACCUCCGUGACCAACGAAGUCUACUCCCUCCUUGCCGGUAGUGGUGGUGUUGAUGCCAAUGGUGACGGCGAUGAGGCCACCUUGACUCGGCAAUCCUCCGCUCGCUCCCACCAUCCAGUCCAGACCACUACCACCAACAGUACAGAACUACCUCGCCGAACACGCAGCUAUAGCCGGAUUGACACCAGUAACCAGACCACCACCACAACGAUGACACCAGGAAGCCGUUCGACCCGGGGUCCCCCGGAGGCGCAGUCGGUUUCCGCCGGGAGUUACUGCCAUCAGACCGCCUACGCCAACUGCGGGCCCGCUUCGCUAACUCCCACAGCUAUUCGGUCGAACACGUCUAAGUCAGACCCUGUGAUAGAGCGUCCACCUGCGCUGCGUCUCUUGCCUGCCACCGCUAAUGGCGGACCCUGA